CAGAGAUGAAGGGAUAUACAAUUCCAAAGGGUUGGAUAGUUCUGGUGGCGCCAGCCGUUGUUCACUUGAAUCCUGAGAAAUAUGAGAAUCCUCUUGAAUUCAAUCCAUGGCGUUGGAAGGAGCAAGAUUUGCACUCUGGAUCCAAGACGUUCAUGGCUUGGGGUAGUGGUACGAGACUUUGCGUUGGAGCUGACUUUGCUAAGCUUCAAAUUGCAAUUUUCAUCCAUCAUUUUGUCACCAAAUACAGGUGGUCAGUGACCAAAGGAGGGGACUUCAUUAGAAGGCCUAGUCUCAUAUUUCCAAAUGGAAUACACAUCAGAAUUGCCGAAAAGCAGAAGUGUUAAGAAGUUUUGAAGAAGAAAACUUGCUGAGGAACUGUUGGGUUUUUGGAGCAUUUGAUUUUACACUAAGAAGUUUUUCUCUUUAUAUAUUACAUUAAUUACCAAUUCUUUAUGAAGGUUCAAUUAUCUUCUUCUAUUUCACUUCCUCGUGCACAAUUGUAUAAUGUAAUGGAAACGAUUGUUUACAAAAAAAAAAAAAAAAAAAGUU